GCAACUGUGCUCUGUUUGGAUCAUCUUGGUGUUUUCACCGUUGCUGCUUCUAUUCGGUUUGCUGGCAUCAGAAGGAGUUCCUUGAGGUUUUCCCCAAAAGGAUCCUAUACUCCACCCAUAGGACUGCACGGUAAAGAGGUUUGUUUUUUUUUAGUUCAAAACUGUGGUGAAAAAUGAAUGGCCCAGCAGAUCCCUCAAGCCUAUUCUUCAGUUGCUCAAAUCAAUCAAAUUUCUCUUCAGAAACAUCAGAGCAAUGUGGCAAAGAGACACACCUCGAGAACAUCCUUUUUGCCACUUUCUACUUCCUGGACUUCAUCCUGGCUUUUGUCGGCAAUGCUCUGGCUCUUUGGCUCUUCAUCCGGGACCAAAAGUCAGGCACACCUGCCAACAUUUUCCUGAUGCAUCUUGCUGUGGCUGACCUGUCCUUCGUCCUGGUACUUCCCACCCGGCUGGUGUACCAUUUUUCUGGUAACCACUGGCCAUUUGGUGAGAUUCCAUGCAGACUCACUGGCUUCCUUUUUUACCUCAACAUGUACGCCAGUAUCUACUUUCUCAUGUGUAUCAGCAUUGACCGUUUCUUAGCCAUUGUGCACCCUGUCAAGUCCAUCAAGCUCCGCAGAUCCCUUUAUGCCCAUUUGGCCUGUGCCUUUCUAUGGGUUAUAGUUGGGGUUGCAAUGGCACCUCUGCUGCUCAGUGUGCAGACAGUCGAGAUGAAAAACACAACCAUCUGCCUGCAGCUCUACAGAGAAAAGGCAUCACACCAUGCCCUUGUGUCCUUAGCAGUAGCGUUCACCUUCCCAUUUAUUACUACAGUGACUUGCUACCUAUUAAUCAUCCGAAGCCUGAAGAGUGGGAAUAGAGUUGAGAAACACCUGAAGGAAAAAGCUAUCAAAAUGAUCAUCAUGGUCCUCAUGAUCUUUCUGAUUUGCUUUGUACCUUAUCACGUCAACCGCUACAUUUAUAUUCUCCAUUACAAUGGGACCAAAACUUCCUGUGAAACGCAGCGGAUUCUAGCCCUCAGUAACCGCAUUACUUCCUGCCUCACAAGUCUAAAUGGUGCCUUUGACCCAGUCAUGUAUUUUUUUGUAGCUGAGAAAUUCCGUGAGGCUUUGUGCAAUCUGUUUUGUGUUAAAAAGACUGUAAUGUUGCCUCAAACAUACGAGGGUAAGACAAAUGAAAGCUCACUAAGUGCUAAAUCUGAACUGUGA